AUGCCAGCUGUGCUUAAAGCACCAAUCAGACCAGAUUUGGUCCAGUUUGUCCAUACCAACAUGGCCAAAAAUAAGAGACAACCUUAUGCCGUUUCUACAAAAGCUGGACAUCAGACCAGCGCUGAAUCUUGGGGUACAGGAAGAGCUGUUGCUAGGAUUCCUCGUGUUCGCGGUGGUGGUACCCACAGAUCUGGUCAAGCCGCUUAUGGCAACAUGUGCCGUGGUGGUCGUAUGUUUGCACCUACACGAGUCUGGCGCCGAUGGACUAGAAAAAGCAAUUUAUCCCAGAGGAGAUACGCUUGUGCCUCUGCACUUGCUGCAUCUUCAUUACCUGCACUUGUUAUGGCGCGUGGUCACCGUAUCGAGAACAUCCAAGAAGUGCCACUUGUUGUAUCCGACUCAGUCGAAUCUAUCACUAAAACUUCAGCUGCCGUUGCUUUCUUGAAACGAGUAAAUGCCUAUCAAGAUGUCGAAAAGGUAAAAGCCUCGCGUACGCUACGAACUGGCAAAGGCAAGUUGAGAAACCGUCGCUACGUUCAACGCCGAGGCCCAUUGAUCAUUUAUAACGCCGAUAACGGAAUCGUUAAAGCUUUCCGUAACGUUCCUGGAGUAGAACUAGCCCAAAUUUCUCGAUUAAAUUUGUUAUCACUAGCACCAGGCGGCCACAUGGGUAGAUUUUGUGUAUGGGGUGAAAGUGCAUUUAAAAAAUUAGACUCAGUUUUUGGUACAUGGAGAAAAUUGUCUGAAGAAAAAUCGAAUUAUAACUUACCGCGUUCAAUUAUGACAACUAGCGACAUAGCAAGAAUCAUUAAUUCCAACGAAGUACAAAGCAGCAUAAGACCCGCAAAGUCUAAACCGAAACGUGCAAUACUUAAGAAGAACCCUCUGAAGAAUGUGAAAGUUAUGCUACGUCUAAACCCUCAUUCUGCAGCGACUAAGAGACAGGCAUAUCUAGCAUCAAAUAAAAAGGCCAGGCAGGAGCUUUUGGAGAAGAAAAGAAAAAUUGUCAAAAAGCCAGCAAAGGGUGGCAAAAAGUCUGGCAAAAAAUAAAUUUGAAAUAACUGAUGAUGUUAUUUUGUUUUAAACCGAAGCAUUCACAAUCUAUAUGAAAGAAAAAUAAAAUACGUAUUGUU